AUGGCGACGCACCAAGCUGCGGCGGCCGCCGGCGGGCAUUGUCUGUUAGCCGACGACAACGGCCGACACGAUACGGCGCCGCCGACGGCCCUGCAGCGGGUGUACAAGAACGCGGCCCACCUGGCCAACUUCCUCCCCACCGGCACCGCCCUCGCCUUCCACGUCCUCUCCCCCGUGAUCACCGACGACGGCCGCUGCCCCGCCCCGACCGACCGCGCCAUGACCGCCGCCCUCCUCCUCUCCUGCGCCAUCUCCGCCUUCCUCCUCACCCUCACCGACAGCUUCCACGACCCCGCGACCGGCCACAUCCGUUACGGCUUCGCCACCGCGCGCGGCCUCCUAGUCAUCGACGGCCACGGGCCACCUCCUCCCGGCCUCGCCGCCCGCCACCGCCUCAAGGCCGUCGACCUCGUGCACGCCUUCGCGACGGUACUCGUCUUCGCGACCGUCGCCGUAUCCAACAACAACGUCCGAUCCUGUUUCCAACCGAUUCUGUCGGACGACGUGGACCGCGCCGUGACGGCGAUGCCGAUGGCGGUUGGGUUCGUGGUCAGCGCGGUGUUCAUCGCUUUCCCCACGACUCGCCACGGCAUCGGAUACCCUGUCAUGCACAAAUCUUGA